AAAUCUGUACCCUGAUCCACAUGAUGUUUCUGUGUGUAGUGUUCUGGAGGAUGUGUCUACCCGACUGAGUGCGGUCAAUCUGAAGCAGUUCAUCAUCUCAGGGCUGGACAGUCUGUAUGGAGAGGCGGGAGCAGCGUUGAACUUUGACCUGUUGAAGUACGAUGAAGACACCCUCACUGCUUUUCUGCGUGUUUACAGCAAGGGCUUGGUGAAGCUGUGGAGCUCCCUGACUCUGCUGGGCUCGUACCAGAAACAAGCCUGCGCCUUCAGAGUGCUUCAGGUGUCUCCGUUCUUGCUGGCGCUGACAGGAAACAGUCGGGAGCUGCAGCUGGACUGACGGAGGAUGAGUUUCCUGUGGAGCAGAUUCUUUAUUAACCCGAGGUGGCGGCGCUGCCUCUCUCCUCCCUCCUGUCGUCUGCUCCACGUCGGCCAGAAAGCCUCCCUCACCAAAGCGUUCUCUGCCCGAGAUGUGCAGCUGUUCGCAGAGCUGACGGGUGACAACAACCCGGUCCACCUGGACCCCGUCUACGCCAGCACCACCGCCUUCGAGGCACCCAUCGUCCACGGCGUCCUCAUCAACGGUCUGAUCUCGGCCGUGCUCGGGACCAGGAUGCCGGGCCGCGGCUGCAUCUUCCUGUACCAGGAGAUCCGCUUCCCUGCGCCGCUCUACAUCGGAGAGGAGGUGCUGGCCGAGGCCGAGAUUCGCAAGAUCAAGAUGUCGUUCGCCUUCAUCGCCGUGACGUGCUCUGUGAAGGACAAGGUGGUGAUGGAGGGGGAGGUGAUGGUGAUGAUGCCUGAGGAGCAGCAGAAGAAGGAGUGAGAGGAGGAGGAAGAGGAGGAAGAACAUGAUGUUAUUUGCAGUGAAUAAAUAACGUCUCCAUUGCAGCACAAACAGUGCAGCCCGACUUCCCGAAAUAUUUUGGUUGCAGCAGUAUUUUUUCAUGACAGAAUCCCCUCCCUUUUGUUUUUGUGUUGUAAUUGAUGUUUUUUUUUUAGGGAAGUGCAUUUGGAUAGAGCAGCUAGAAGAAAGAGGCGUCAGUCGCUUCAUUACAUUUUUUGAUGUUUAAUCUGGUCUUUAUUUUGUUUAAUGUGUGAGAUAUUCUGUGUGGAAUAAAAACAAAAUCUUUUUUUUAUGACAAAGUGAUCUUUGAAUUUUUUAGUAAUUACAACCCCCUUCUUAAAAUCAGACUGGGAAAACAAUAAACACAAACAAUAUACUGCACAGCACAGAAUUAAAACGUUUCAAGAAUCAUGAAAAACAUCUAAUAAAGUAUUUAA